CGACUGCCAUCUGCUCAUAGUCUACCAUCAGCAUCGUUAGCAAUGGCAGCAGCAGCAGCAGCGUCGUCAUCAUCAUCAUCCUCGGCCAUGCCCGUAGUAGCCGCUGGGUCCUCGUCUACCAUCACCUCGGCCAGCCUGCUCCCCUCGCUCAACGCACACAACACCUCCUUCCUCACCCUCUUGAACCUCAUCCCGCCCAAGUACUACCUCGCCGCCAAUGAAGACGACGAUGAAGAUGGAGAGGGAGGCCACAUCAACACAAAGUACAUGAAGAACAAGAAGAGGAAGACGGCAGAGGAGGUCAAGAAUGCCAAGCUGGCUGAAAAGGACAAGAAGAGGGCAAAGCUGGACCCAGAGAAUCUCAAGACGGUCAGCCAGGUGCAAGAGGAGAGGGCGAGGGAAGAGGCCAGGAAGGAGCAGCAAGGGGACAGCGAUGAGGAUGACGACGACGAGGACGAAGACUCUGAAGGAGAGGACGUGGACGAUGACGACGAUGACGAUGAGGACAUGGCUGCUGGAGACCUCGAAUUGGACGACGAAGACGAUGGCCAAUCGCAGCGGAAGCCAGCUGCACGCACACAGCUUCCCACCACGAAAACCACUGCCCCUCCUCUCACCCAGCAAGACUCCAUCUCCACCCUUCGGGAGCGUCUACAGAACAAGAUUGCCGGCAUGCAAAAUCGUCGGAGGACGCCUGGAGGGCCCUCAGGUGCUAACAUGGUCGGUCUGGGAGGUGGCAUUGCCGCUGCAAGCGAGGCGGAUGGAGAUGACGAUGCUUCUGUCGCCUCGACACGGGACGAGCUUUUGGAGGAGCGAAGGAGGCGGAGAGGUGAAGUGAGAGAUAAACGGAGGAGAGCCCGAAAGGAGGCCAGGAGACAAGAGGAGGCGGCCUCGUCUUCAGAUCAGAAGAAGGGUCCAAACGCAAAGAAGCCCUCGACUUCUGCCGGUACGGGCACGAGUCUCCCGCCUUCGCUCCUCGUGAGGGACUCCGAUUCUACAUCCAAGCAAGCCAAGGCCUCAUCGAGCUUCCCAGUCUCUUCAGACAUCAACUUUUCGUCUCUGCAGUUCCCAGAGGACCCUACCUCUAGCAAGAAGCGCCGCGACAAGCAGGCUCUGCCUUCCAACCCCAAGCAAGCACUCGAGAUGUUGCAGGCUCGCAAGGAGAAGAAGCAGAGUGCCGCCGCCGAUGGUGAGGCCAGCAAGGACGACGAUCCUGAGAGGUGGGCCAAGGUCCAGGCCGCGGCGCGAGGAGUCAAGAUCCGCGACGACGAGAAGAUCCUCAAGAAGGCUAUCAAGAGGAAGGAAAAGGAGAAGUCCAAGAGCUCCCUGGAGUGGAACAAGCGCGAUCAAGACAUCAAGGAUGCAGAAGCUGCCAAGCAGAAGAAGCGCACAGAGAAUCUUGCCAACAGGAAAGCCAAUAGCAAAAAGGGAGGCAAAGCUGGUGCUGCCGCCAAGAAGAAGACGGGCGGAGCGAUUGGAGGUGGCAAGAAGACCAAAGACAGGAAGUUUGGCGGGAGCGGUAGCAGUAGCAAGAUUGGAGGCGGAGCUAGUAGAGCCGGCUUCGAGGGAAGGAAGCUUGGCGGUGGCAGUGGCAGGGGAGGCGCCAAGUCGGGCGGCAAGGGCAAGGGUCGAGGAGGCAAGUAAGCGCAUUUUUCGAAAAUGUCACCCGCCUGAGGCAAUACACUAUCUAAUCAGACCUUGUUG